AUGGUGACGGUGGCGAAGUUGCUGACUAAGAAUCAAGCUGACGACGGCGUCAAAUAUCUGUUGAGUUAUUCAAUUACUUGGGGUCAAUACGUUUCUGCGAUUAGCUCAAUGUUUGGGGUGGAUACUGGGAAAACUCUCCAAGCCAAUGGAUUGUCUGAACAAAAUUUUAAUAUUUAUCCCUUUACGACUCUCUUAGUUCCUCUUCAGAACUCGCCAUCCAGUUCCCAAAUUGUGAAGCCCCCUCCGCCAUCGUCACAGCAGUCACCGCCAAGGCAGAGAUUACAAAUUGGCUUGGAUGUGGCCACGGGGCUUAAUUAUCUUCAUAGCUACACUUCCCCUCCCCACAUGCACAAAAAACUAAAAAGCAGCAAUGUUCUUGUUGAUGCUGAUUUCUGGUCGAAGAUCAAUAAUUUUGGGCUAGCAAAAUCGGCAGAUGGGCAAGGAGGCCAGUUUGCCUUGACUAGGCACUGGCAAAGAAGUCGUUGUCUUGAUAAUGGAGGAUUGAACCCAGAGGCCGUCAUGGAGACUGCAAUUUCUGGUGAGGAGUAUAAGAAGCUAGUGGUGCUGGAUUGA